UAAAAGUGUUCUCUGCGAACCGUUUUGUCAUCAGUUGACUUGAACCGCUGAAGCGUGAAAACAUAACAGAAAAUGAAAACCUUUGUGACCAUUAUUUCGCUUGCCCUGGUCGCCGGAUGCAUGGCUGCCGUCACCGACGAACAGAAGGACGCCGCACGCCAACUGGCCGGAAAAUGCAUGCAACAGACGGGGACCUCGGAAGAAUCCGUGCAGCGUCUUCGCAACGGCGAUACAUCCGGUGCCGAUGAUAACACCAAGUGUUUCGUGCAGUGUUUCUUCCAGGGUGCUGGAGUCGUCGAUGGCGAAGGAAACAUGCAGGAAGCGUUUGUGACGGAAAAGCUGGCCAACGAGUACGGUCAAGCCAAGGCCGAGGAAGUGGUCCAGAAGUGUAGAAACAACAGUGGCCCCAAUGCUUGCGAGCGUUCGUUCACACUGUUCCAGUGCUAUGUCGCCAACCGUGCUAGUUUGAUGUGAAGUGUGAAUUUUGGGGGAAAUGAUCUAUACAACGAAAUCGAUGAUUCAUGAGAUCCAUCAAUGGCCAUUGCAACUAACUCAGUCUGUCUAGGUAGACGUUCUUUGCAGAUAUUUGGUUCCUAAUAAAAUGAUAAAUCUGUUCUAAAAGCUGUGAA